AUGAGAAUAUUGGAAGAAAGAAGGGAGGAUGAGAAUAAAGAGAAGGAAGAAGGGAGGGUGAGAAUAAUGAGAAUAAAGAAGGAAGCGGAGGGUGAGGAUAAAGAGAAGGAAGGAGGGAGGGUGAGGAUAAAGAGAAGGAAGAAGGAUGAGGAUAAAGAGAAGGACGAGAGCGGGAUAAAAGAGAAGGAAGAGGGAGGGAGGUUGAAGGAUAAAGAGAAGGACGAAGGGAGGGUGAGAAUAAAGAGAAGGAAGAGGGAGGUUGAGGAUAAAGAGAAGGAAGAAGGGAGGGUGAGGAUAAAGAGAAGGAAGGAGGGAGGUCAGUCUGGGGAUGGGGCUCGGUCAGGCAAACUGGACAACACUGAUCCUUGUGCUCGUAAUCCUUGUGCUAAUGGAGGCAGAUGCGAGUCAAAGGGCAGCACCUACAACUGCAACUGUCUUCCUGGUUUCACGGGUCGGAACUGUACAGAUUGCACUCAACAGCCACAAGACAUCCUCAUCAUGGAAGAUGUAUCUCGCUCCGUCGGCAAAGAGUCCUUUGAAGAAGUGAGACGAUUUGAACAAAGUUUGCUAAGUCCUUUCAAAAUUAACGUUGAUGCUGAUAGCGUUGCAUAUAUGGUGUUUUCUGCAAACGCCAGAGUGGUAUUCAGUUUGAGUGAAUACAGCAACAGUAAGUCAAGCGUUCUGGCAGCUCUCAAGAACGAGGCAUACGAGAGCGGGACUGAGACGGACAUUGUCGAGGCUAUCAAUGUGGCUGUUAAUUCAGUUUUCACACUGUCAGAAGGCGACCGACCGAAUGCUACCAACGUGGUCAUCAUGUUCACAGAUGGGUUCGAUACAGAAACGAAAAGGGAGGUUAUCGAUGACAAUAUUAGUCGACUGCAUGCUAAAGCAGAGGUAUUUGUUGUUGCUCUCUCUGAUGUGAAGGCCAAUUCCACUGUCUACAGCCUUGCUUCAAAACCUGGUAACAUCUUCCAGAUUGGUUCCAAUGCUGGAGUUAGUUCAAUCCAGACAAGGCUGAAGAGUUGCUAG